AUGUCGGCCAUCAAGUACCGCCAUCUGUCACGUUCGUCGUCACACCGACAAGCUCUGCUCCGCAACCUAGUGACAUCUCUGAUCGAGCACGAAACCAUCUCCACCACCUUUGCCAAAGCGAAAGAAGCCCAACGCAUGGCCGAGAAGCUCAUCACAUUGGGAAAGAGGAAUACUGGCGCUGCAAGACUUCAAGCCCAGGCGAUCUUCUAUGAACCCGAGAAACACAUCCCGAAACUCUUCGGGCCUCUACGUGAACGCUACGCGAGCCGACCGGGCGGAUACACACGAGUGCUACGGCAGGAGAAUCGGGCGAAAGACCAAGCGGAGACGGCGAUCCUGUGUCUGGUGGACGGGCCCAAAGAUGUGCGGUGGCACAUGACGGCGCGGACCCUGGUGCACGAACGCGAGAACGAUCGAUCUAUGCAUGAGAUGACACUGAUGAACGUGCGAAAGGUGACGCGGUUUCGCGAGGGCGGGCUCGAGUUGCUGGAGGAGGAGGUACGGAAGCUUGAGCGUGGUGGUGGUGGAGGUGGAGCAGUGGCGGCGAAGGAGGCCGGGAAAGAAGCAGAAGAAGACGCAGAGGAUGAAUGGGAGGACAUUGACGACGAGGUCAUCAAGCACAAGGAGGCGAGGAGGCGGAGAUUGGCCAAGGAGCGAGAGCUGAACGGCGAGGAAGUCGAGGCGUUGAAGUCGGACAUUGCCGAGGCCGGCGAUCGCGACGAUCGGAAGACGAGACGCAUGAAGUGGAAGUUGCGCGAGAUCGAGAGGCGGAGGGACGAGUUGGCCAAGGAAGAGUUUCCCGUCUCCCUCGCUUCGUCGAUCCGCAUUGGUGGCAGUCGCAAGCGGAGGAGGUUGGCCGCCAGACAGGCUAAGAUCACUAAUAUCACUGUUGAGGCGUGA